AUGAUCAGCGCAUUCUUCGUGUACAACGGCAAGGGCGAGGUGCUGAUCUCGCGGCUGUUCCGCGACGGCGUCCGCCGCAACGUCUGCGAGGUGUUCCGCAUCCAGGUCAUCUCCAAAUGCUCCGAUAUCAAGUCUCCCGUGCUGACCCUGGGCUCCACCUCAUUUCUGCACAUCCGGCACGGCGCGCUGUGGAUCGUCGCUGUCACGCGCUCCAACGUGGACGCUUCAGUUGUUCUCGAGUACCUCCAUCGCUUUGUGGACCUGCUGAAGCGGCUUUUUGGGUUGGACAACGUCUCCGAGGACGACGUCAAGGCCAACUUUCCGCUCGUAUACGAGAUCCUGGACGAGUCCAUAGAGUCCGGCCACGUCUCCAACAUGGACCUGUCCACCUUGCAGCCGUUUCUGUCGGCGCAAGCAGCCGAACCGGGCAGAUUCAAAAACAACACCGCCAGCGGCCUGCUAGCAAAGGCAGGCUCCAUCAGACGCAAGUCUGCGGGCAAACUCCCGCAGAUCAUCAACGCUCCGCUCGACACCACCGCGGCACCGCAGCCCUGGCGGCCGCAGGCGCUCAAAUACAAGAAAAACACGGUCCAGAUCGAUGUCAUCGAGGACUUCAACCUGCUCACCACGGCCAACGGCUUUGUGCUGCGGUCGUUCGUCGAGGGCCGUGUUCUGAUGGACUGCCGUCUCUCCGGCAUGCCAACGUGUCUGUUUGGCCUCGUCCACCAAAACCAGAGCGACGCUUACCAGGAGUUCAAAUCCAGCGACUGCACGUUCCACCAGUGCGUCAACCUCAAAGAUUUCGACGAGCACAAAAUAAUCAAAUUUAUUCCUCCCGACGGCAAGUUCGAGCUGCUGAGCUACCGCACAGACGUGGAUAACCCGCCGUUCCACGUCUACACCACUAGAGAACCCCACAGCGGUGGCUCCGAGUCGUCCUACACGGUGGACUUGGAGUCUGCAUAUCCGUCGGACGUCGCUGCCACUAACGUUGUUCUCCGGAUCCCUGUGCCGCAGGGAACGGCAAAACUGCGAACAAACACGGAAUCAGGCAAGUGCCGACUCGUCGAAGAGGAAAACGUGGUGCAAUGGAGCCUCAAGAAAGUAAACGGAGGCCAGAAGCACAGACUGCAGUUUGCGGUGCCGAACAGCCGUGCCGACGCUGUGGCCGCAAAACCGCCGAUCUCGCUCAGCUUCUCGAUCGACUCGUAUUCUGUGGGAGGCCACAAAGUCAAGUUCUUCAAAGUGCACGAGCCCUCCAUGAACUACGCCACCGUCAAGAGCGUCAACUACCUGUCCAGAGCGAAAAGCUACCAGAUCCGUAUGUGA